UAUGAAGUCACCUAAGGAUUCGAUCGGACGGCAUCGGCCGCAUGAACUACUACGUGUGUGUGUGUGGAAAGAAUCGACGGCUGUUGUGGAACAGGUCGGCCGUGCUCGUUUAUGUGCUGAAUGGUGAUUAAAAGUAAUUUACUUUGCGUUUACGGUGUCGAGGGUGCGUAUCGAUCAGUUAUCGAAGGACAGAAAGGAUUGUUGUGGUGGCACGGAAGACGGAAAAGGUACUGUGCAGUGCAAGCCGGGAUGUGUACAGUGAUGGUGUAACGUGCCUGAACGCACAGUGUUUGUGUUAACUAUAGUGCUAAAAGUGUUCAUGGAUUGUGUCUAUUUUGGAUUGACAUAGCGAGUCCUCGAGAGAUCAACUUGAGAACGGGCUACAAUGGUGUUGUCGUGUGCGGGGCGCGAGGGGGCGGGCGCGGCGAGUCGGCGCGCAUGGCUGCGUCAAUGAGGGAGGGCGCGCCGGCCGGCGGAGCUCGCCCCGCGCCCCACGCGACCAACUUCGAGUACGAUGACAACGAGUGGGACAUAGGCAUCGGAGACCUCAUCAUUGACCUCGAUGCCGACAUAGAGAAAACCGACGAGGCGGGCGGCAUGGCGGCCCGCGCCGAGCCGGACGCGCAGCGCACGGCGCUCAAGAUGAAGAUCAAGCGCACCAAGCCGGGAACCAAGAGCUCGGAGGCCAAACACGAGAUCGUCAAGUCGAACGAGAUGAACGGCGAGCCCAAGACCCAGGGCGCCGCCGCCGCCCCGCCCGCCGCCGCGAAGCGCGGCUCCGGCGGCCACCGGAGAGACAAGGCGCGCGACAAGCACCACCACCCGCACGACGUGAACGGCGUGGCCCGGCCCGUCGCGCCCAACGCGCCCGGGCCGCCCGCGCCGCCCGCGCCGCCCGCGCCCGCCCCGCCGCUCGCGGCGCCCGAGCCGCGCCCCUCCCCCGCGCCGCGGCUCGAGCCCAAGCCCGCCGCGCCCCCGCCCGCCCCCGCGCCCGCCGCGCCCUCCGCGCCCGCGCCCCCGCUCGCGCCCGCGCCGCCCCCGCCGCCGCCCGCGCCGGCGCCCCACACACCUCACGCGCCCCACGGGCCCACGAUACCCAUCAAACCCGAACCUGACGACUCGCGGCAAGAAGCCCCGAGUUCACAACCACCGGCCAAGAAAAUUAAAACAGAACCCAAGGAUACAGCGGAAGUAUGCGUCGGCACGUCAGUCGGCACGAUCACGGAGCCGGACUGUCUGGGCCCAUGCGAGCCUGGUACCUCGGUCACGCUGGAGGGCAUCGUCUGGCAUGAGACGGAAGGUGGCGUGUUGGUGGUCAACGUGACGUGGCGCGGCAAGACCUACGUCGGAACUCUCCUAGACUGCACACGCCACGACUGGGCGCCACCACGAUUCUGCGACUCGCCGACGGAGGAGUUAGACGCGCGGACGCCGAAGGGACGCGGCGCCAAGCGCGGGCGCGGCGCGGCGCCCACGGACAUGACCAACUUCACCGAGACGCGCUCCUCCGUGCACAGCAAGCUUCGUAACGGCGGCGCCAAGGGCCGCCGCGCCCUGCCCUCCCCCACACCCUUCACGCCGCCCCGCCCCGACAACAAAAGGAAAAGAACGUCGGAGGCAGAGGAACGCCCGCCGACGCCGAAAGCGAAGCGCCCUCCCCCCACGCCGUCCUCGCCGCCCCCCGAUCCCGUCCUCCUGGAGUGCCCCGAGCCCAACUGCUCCAAAAAGUACAAGCACGCGAACGGUUUGAAAUACCACAGAUCGCACGCGCACGGCUCGCCGGACGACGACGAUAAGGACGGCUCGAGUUCCGAGCAGGAGGAGACCCCGCCCGAACCGGCGUCGCCAGCGCGGCCGCCUUCUGAACCCGCGACCCCGGCCACCCCUGUCAAAUCACCAACUCCUGCCAAAUCCCCCGACGCGAAGAGCGAGAAGUCUCCGGAGAAGUCCCCCGAGAAGCCGGAGGUGGAGUCGCCGGCGCCGCGGUUCGCGGAGGAGUUCGCGCCGAGCCCGCCGGCCGCGCCGCCCGCCGAGCGCGUGCCGACGCCGCCGCCGCCCGCUACGCCGCCGCCGGAAGCCUUACCCGCGCUACAACCUACUCAAUUUAAGGUGAAACCGCGCUCAGCGCUAAUGCCCACAGAGGAAAGCCAACGCAAGUCCGCCGAAUCCCCCGACGAGUCGCCCGGCAAGCGGCGGCGGCGCUCGCCGACGCCGGGCGCGCGCUCGCCCGCCUACUCCGACAUCUCCGACGACGCGCCCGCGCCGGAGGGCGCGCCCGACGCCGACGCCGAGCACAGGCCCUUCCCGGUCUAUCAUCAGUACUACGGCCAGCCGCCGUACCUGCCGCCGACGCACGCGCCGCCGGCGCCGCCCGCCGACAAGGGCAAGGAGGACCUCGGCAAGGACCCCAAGUCCGACCUCAAGGACGGCAAACCCGAGAACGCUCCCCAGAAAGUCCUCCCGCAGCACUUCUACCCGUACAACUACGUGCCGAAUUUUCCUUACAACGUUGAACCGGGCGCUCCGCCGGGCGCUCCGCUGGACGACAAGGCGAAGGAGUCCGAGCGCAAGACCGCCAGCCCCCUAGACAAGGGGAAGGGGGGCAAGGAGGCGCCGCGGCCGAAUGAUACGCAUCAGAUCUUGAAGGAGAGCAUUGAGAUGAAGGCGCAGAUGGGGCCGUAUGCGUUCCAGAGGCCGCCGCAUGCGAGAGAGGAGGAUCUCAGAAGAUAUUACAUGAGCCUCGAGCAGCGUCGGAAAGAGUCGGGCAUGGACGUGAAGCCCCCCGGGGCGGCGGCGGGCGCGGGCGGGCGGCCGCCGCCCAGCGCCAAGCCGCCCAAAGACAACCCCGACAAGAAGGACGACGUCAAGGUCAAGCAGGAGGGGCAGAAGCCCACUACUGAGACGCAGGGCCCACCGCCGCCUCCGACGUCGCAAUACUACCUGCCAUACAUGCAGGGGCCGCAUUAUGGGGCGCUGCCCUUUGACCCGGUGUAUCGUGCACCGCUGAGCCCGAUGCUGGUGGGCGGGUUCGGCGGCGGCUGGAGCGUGCCGCGCUACCACGCGCCCGAGGACCUGUCGCGCCCCGGCGCGCCCGGCAAGCUGGACCUGCUGCCGCCGCACCAGCCGCAGUACGCCUACCCGCACCAGCAGCACAAGAUACACGAGCUGCAGGAGCACGCGAAGCCCCCGGCGGCGAGCAAGCCGCGGCCCGAGCCGCCGAAGGAGCCGGCGCGCUCGCCGCCGCCGCAGCGCCACGUGCACACGCACCACCACACGCACGUCGGCCUCGGCUACCCGCUCUACCCGCCGCCCUAUCCUGCCGCGGCAGUGCUAGCCAGCACGCAGGCCGUCGUGAACUCGUUCCCCACGCCGCCCAAAUGAGAGCGCGCGCCCUAGCGCGGCGUCCGGCCCGCCUGACCCGCGCCCGCGCCGGCCUGACCGCCAGACCCGGACCCGGACCGGACCCGGA